GUUCUCGUUCGUUUUUUUAGCUAACCAUUGGUUGGAAGAAUUGAUUGUGUGAAUCAGUGGCUUUAUUUGAUACCUUUAAAUGAGGAAAUUGGAUUGUCAAGAAAUAUGGGACGCCGAAAGAUUAGAAGCUCAAUUAGAAGCUGCUCGAGAUGGUCUUCGUGGCCUUGAUCGUAGCAUUCGUAAAAUUUUGGGCCGAGAUCUUCCUGACGGUGAAAGCGGUCCACUGCAACCACCUAGAAUAUCCCAAAAACGACCAUUGCAAGAAGAUCGGCGGCGAGUUGUAACAGAAUUUGUGAAUACUGAAUUACCUGGAAGUAAACGACGUUGGCAAGGUUCUAACAUUGAACCAAAAACAGUUUUCAGUCGUUUAAGUGCACGUGUUCCAUCUAAUGCUGAUGAUAGUGCUGAUGAAGAUGACAGUACCAUCAAGCCUGCUGUAUCAUCCAGAGUAAUAGCUACUCCUCGAGAAAUUCCCUCGCGUCAAGAAGUUAUUAGACGCGAAAGGACAGAUGAACGCAGCCGACAAAGAAAUAAACGUAUGUUUGGUGCACUAUUGGGCACUUUACAAAAGUUUAGGCAAGAAGAAACCAAACUUAAGGCAAAGGAAGAUAAAAAAGCAGAAGUAGAAGCUAGAGUAGAAGAAGCUAGAAGACGAGAAAAAGAAGAACUUCGCAGGGAGAGGCAACAAUUGUUUUUGUCACGCAAAAAACAAUUGGCUGUAGUGCGAGCUUUAGAAGUGAAGCUUGCACGCAGUCGACAAUUUCAAAAUUGGCGCAGUGCACAGUUACCCCUUGCCUCAUUUAUAAAAACACGAGCACAACCUUCCAUAUAUUAUGCACCAAAACGCAAACAUCCUCAGACAGACAUGUUACUAGCACAAUCUGCAAAAGAACUUUAUGAGGAAAUUGAGAAAAGGGAAAAAGCAUUGGAUGAAGAACUAAAUUUGAUAGAGGUUCAAGUAGGAUUAAGUAAACAAUCACAAAACUUUGAAGCAUCUACAUCUUUACAUACAGUAGAAGCUCCGCGCUCAAUAGAAGAGGGUGAAGAAAAUCGAGAUCCUAAUCCAGAGCACAAUGAAGAUAUAAUCAACAAUGAUGUCGAUGUUUCGAUGCAGUCUAUAAUAAAUGAAACUUUUGAUGAUAAUCAGGAUGUGGAGAAAAAGGAAGAAGUUGAAUUGGAUCAAGUUCAACCAGAUGAAAAUAAUGGCUAGUAUUUGGUACAAUAAAAAGAAUUAUAUGUAUUAUAUAUAUUGGAUGGUCCAACUUAAAAUGAGAAUUUUCAUAGUAAACAUUUUAUGAUUAUGCAUAAUUAAAUAUAGCAUCCAAAAAAAUCAUAAAUUUGUAAGUUUAUUGUUAUAUAAACUAGAGUAGCUUAGUCUUAAGACUCAUAGUUUCUUAUUGCAAUCGUAUUGGAUUGUAACAUCAGAAAGCGAUAAGUCAUGUAAAUUUUGUUUCUUGUAUGAAAUAAAUUAAUUUUAUCGCA